CUCGACAACACAGUAAUAUGUAAGCACUGCACUACUACUUGUUAGGAACUUCCCGAUCCUCGUCCUGCUGUUUCAUCUCCACAUGAGAAAUGAGAUCCGAUCAUUUUAUUUUCCCAUCUGAUUUAUCUUUAUGAUUUAGAGAUUUAACCCGGCAAGCAACGAACCAGACGAAUCGAAACUUUCAAAAUGGCGACGAAUCCAGAAUUCGAGUAUGCCCGGGAGCGGCUGGAGCUUGAGUUCGGGAAAGCGGCAGCGACCGUUGGUUGGACGCUCCUGUCGUUCGGAAACGACGCCGCGGAAGGAUUGUCCGUCGGCGAACUGAUGGUCUUCAUGCGACAGCUAACCCAGUACUCCGGUACCUGCCCGACUGGGGAGGAAACGAAGUCCGCUUUGUUACUCACGGAACGCCGGGCCACUUCAGCUCGUCUGAGAUCCCAAAAAGAUCCUAUCAAGAUCCUGGCCGCUGGGCUACUUCGGCGCCCCGAAAUUACGAAUCAGGCCCAAUGUUUUGGCCUUCGCUUUGCCUCCUUUGUAUAGCAAAUUUGCGCGGCCUUUUCUGGGCGUGUCGCAUAGCUGCCGAGCCUAUCCCGAGGGCCGCCCUGUUUGGGAAGCGCGAUUUUUUUUCCCGUUGCGGGGGUAUGUCGGUAUUUUACGGCCACGCAAAACUUGGCGCGGGCCAGCCGCCAGGGAACGCGCCGCCCGCCGCGGCCAGCGUGUCCUUUUGCCCCCCCUUCUGGUGUGCUUCUGUAGUUUUUUCGCGGUAGUCUUGGACAUUGGAAAGGGGGUGGCGCGGAGGUGUUUCGACCGCAGGCAUUCUACCUGCCCAGCAUCCGGGAGCCCGCAGAGAGGCGAUGGCCUUUGGCGCGAUGUGGUGCCAAGUGUUUUGCUUCUUGGGGUCGCGGGGAUCGGCAGGCCAAUCCUGCAGAAAGCAUGUCAAACAAGGGUGGGAGUUUUCUCCCCGCGGCACAAUUUUUGUACUCAGGAGCAUUCUCCAGUGGAAUUCGGCCAGGCACGGGGCCAUUUUCCAGAGUUCAUGGCCGCCAUCUCCAUUUUCAAAAGUUCCGAUCAAGAUCCUGUCCAGAGGACACUUUUUUCGCCGCUUUUCCUGGCCCCUCCCCCGCCUAGAAUCUAUGGAUUUGGCGGCGCAAAAAAGUGGCCAAAAAAGUGUCCUCUGGACAGGAUCUUGAUCGGAACUUUAUCGGAUCUUGAACGGAACUUUUUAGGAACUUUUUUUUGGCCUCUGAAGCUUUCGCCAUACCGCCGUGAUUGGCGACUUUGAACAUUGUUUGAACCUUGGUCGGAUCCUUUGUUCGGGGUUCAAGAAGUGGCCUUUCUACCCUUGAAACACGGGCUGUUUCUUUGAUUCAACAAAUUCAGCGGCUUCGUUUUUGAAUUAAAAAAAAAACUCGCUUUGGGGCUAGUGCGCCGUCUUUUGCUGGACCAUUUCCGACCUGGCCUUGUCCUCGGGCUCGGGUAUAUCUGGCCCAUGGAAGCGAGAUGGACCCUGCGGACGGGGGCAGUUCCGUCCAUUGCCGGGCCCCAGAUUGUUCCGCGUCGCGCCAGGGCUUUUACAACCGCGCGACCACUCGCUCGCCUUUGUUGGGCGUGGUUAUUUGUCACUCCCAGCAAGCUAGCGCCUGUGGCAACGCCCGCGGGGCGUCUGGCCCUUUCUCACAUCUACCAUACCUUCGUGUAACGCGCGUUACACGAGCGGUCUAUGCUUCCCUUUCGUCGGCAGGCUGUCCCUGGAAGCUACAGAGGGGCGGACGCUCCGAAUCUUUCCGACCCCUCCCCCUGGGGUGUCGGGGGUGAUCUUUUCAGGAUCUUCGUGGGUUCUCAGGGCGUCGUCUGUGGCCCGUCGUGCCGCCAGUAACUUUGGUCUCUCUCAUGCAGCACAACAUCGUGCGUGUGGUGGACGACGGGAUGUUUGGCUUGAGUGCAACAUCAACUGCUCUUGCAGGAGGGUCGUCCUCUUCCUCCUCCAGCAGCUCACUUCCACCGAUAAACAAGCCAGCCCGUUUCUACGCGGAUUUGGACUCCGUUUUCUGGCGCGCCCGGUUCCCGGAGUUCGUGAAGGUGAUUCAAAAUGUCGUGAACCCGGCCGCCGCGCGCGUGAUGCGGGAAGUCUUGCACCGCGGGAAGGUUUCGGUAAGUACCAUGGUGGAGCUGUUCUCAUUACCGUAUCAAGGGGGGCAACAAGAAGAACUACAGCCAGAUCUCCUGCUUCAGGGUAACAAGAAAGACAACAAGAGAGGUCGUUCCGGCUCGGCAGCGAGCAAUCCUGCGAUGAAAAAGCUGCAAACGAAGAAAAGACAACGGCAAGAAGACUCGGAGGAGGAGGACGCCCAAAUGUUGCAAACAUCAAAUCAGCACCCCCAGCAGGAACAAGAUACUGCUGCAACUUCCAAAAACAAGAACACGAAAGCGGGGGACAACUUUCCCCGGAUGGAACUAGCGACCCUUCUUCGGCUCGUUGGCGAACUGGAGUCGAGUGGCUGGCUUAUCAAGGCGAAUCCGCUCCGGCGGAAGACGGACAACGAGGUUUUUCGCGAGCAGCUUUUGAAAAUCGCGAGAUUCAACAACGAUGCGAAGGCGGCGGAAAUUUAUCACAGCGCCAACGCAGAAUUGGAGAGUCUGAACCUCUCUCAAACGGUGUACCGAGCCAACCUGCCGCUUCUCAACCGACACGUGGUUUUGUCACAAAUCGAGGAACCGUUAGUAGGUCACAUAGCGAAUAAAUCCGCGAAACUGGUCUUCCGGGCGCUUUUGCGGGCGACAGAAAUCGGAGGUGGUGGGGGUGUGGGUAAGAAGGACACGACAAGUGGUGGUGACAAUCUGCUAGAUCAUCAACUACAGAGUGGUCCGUCCGUGCCGCAGAAGUAUCCGUCUUUGAAGUUGAAAAAACCGAUAACGCCGGGAAUGAUGGGCGGGGGCGGCCAGGGAGGUGGGGCUGUUCCUACCCAGGGGAGAAUCGUCCUGCAGUCACAGUUGAGCGACGACCUCUCAGACGUUUUGACCCCCGAGCAGAUUGCGGAAGGACUUACUUUGCUCCUGAACGAAAGUAUUGAAGACAUAUUUUUUGAGUAGUUCUGCCUCUGCUCUCUUAGUGCUUGUUGUUCUGGCCUAAAAAUCACAUUACCACAAUAAACGGCAAUGCGUUGUUCCUCGUAUUGCGUUGGCGUACGUGCAGUUUUUUGUGCGACGUCAGUAGGAUAGAAUUUUGAAGAUUUGUCAAUUUGUACAAGCACCCACUCGUUUAGCAAAAAUUUAAAUUUGUCGCCUACAACAGCCUCUGGCUUGGUCCAGCGCAUUGCCGCUGGAGAUUUGGACGACAGCAUGCAGAUGCUUUUGUUGAACCAGAGCAUGACGUCGACAGGCUCGAAGUCCAAGCGCGGGCCGAAGUCCAAGAAGCAGAAAACCGCAGCCGCGGCGGCCGCCCUGGCGAUUUCGCCGGGCGGGGUAGGAGGUCGGAAACCUCCUCCUACUUCCUCCUCAAAUAGUACGAAAGUGCAGAUCAACAGCGGUGACGCCUUCAUGCUGGACGGCGAGCAGAUUUGGCGCCAGAUUUUAUGACACCCUCAGAAUGGAAAUCCUCAAAGUGGAAAUAAUUUGUGAUGCAUGAAAUGCGACACCAAAAAGACUGUAUUGCAGAGAACGCAAUGGAGGCCGACUAUUGUGCAUGUACAACGGGUUCAGAAUUGGGCUCCUGAUUAGCAUGAGAGGAGGGCACCCCUUCGCCUAACUAGCAUGACAGACACGUUUUGAGUGCCCGGGAAUUUUGUCAUGCGCCGACUAUAAAUGGUGCUCCAACUGGAGUCGUUUUUUUGCAUUACAAAUUUUUCCCACUUUGAGGAUUUCCAACCUGAGGCUUUCAUAGAUUUACCAGGACCUGUACGGCCGCCUGAUUCACUGGAACCACGGCCCGGUGGCGUUUCGGGUCUUCAACUUUCUGUAUGGAUCGCAAAAAUGUCUGGGUCUGGAAGAAACUGCAAGCUUGUCAUGCUCGUCUGGCAUGACUCUCAAAUCUGUGAUGCAUGACCAGGAAAAGUGCCUCUUGCCUGUCAUGCAAAAACGCAGCUUGUCAUGCGAAAAACGAAACACACAACAGCACAAAAAACUUGUCAUGCUGGGCUGCACAUUGCAGUGCGCCCACCAUUCGCAAAUUAGCAUCACACGUUUCCAGACCCAGACAUAUUUGCAAUGCAUAUUCUGAACGAAGACCCAAUCCGGUACCACGACGAACGGCGCAUCGAAGAGGUUAUCCUGUGUAAAAAUGCCCCCACCCCAGAGUUGUCAUGCUGAUUUCCAAUGACAGGAAUAUUUGUGAUGCGCAUAGUACCCAUGAUAGACAUUUCCAAUCGCGUUCUAAAAUUUGUAAUGCUGUACUAAACAGGAUGAGCAGAUGGAUUUGUGAUGCGACUGUCCACGCUAAUCUGCACUACAGUACGCGCUGAAGUCUGUCAUGUGUGACCCCCAAGACUUCUAGGUUUUUGGUGCAUCAUCCCCAUCUUGACUCUGGGGUGGGGACGUUUUUCCUCACGAUAGAGGUCUGCCUCUGUUCGCUGCCGAAAGUCCGACGCGCGCUGAACGACUUGUUUCGGAACGGGACGCUGCUAAUCCAAGAAAUCCCGAAGGGCGCGCACUCCGUCGCGGCCGGGCCUCCACCUACAGCGUUCGGAGCGCAGUCCGGCAGUUACGGGCGGGGGCUGUGGCUGUACGCGAUUGAUCGUAGUCGGGUGCGGCUGCAGAUGCAGAAACUGCUGUUGCUAACGAUACGGAACCUGAGCCAGCGGCUCGAGAGCGAGAAGCGGGGGCUGGUGCGGCUCAAUCAGGCCAACAACCACGGCCGGAACGUGCUGAACCCAGAGCAGCAGGCGCCGCUGCAGCAGAUCGGUGAUUUCUCGCUGGAUUUUGAAAACAACAAGGGCAUCGCAGACGAUGUGCUCUCGAGCAGGUUUCUGCUUUUGCACAACAUGUACAUGCUUUUUCGAGAACUCUGAGGACGAGGAAAAUAAAGAAAAGUUGUAAAAACGCCGUAUCACUCUAGAACUAGAUGAGAUGAAGAUUUUUACAACUACGCCUGAAGCUGCUGAACCUGAUCUUAUGAUAGUCUAUUUGUUUCCAACGCGACAUAACUUCUCUUCUUUGCAAAGCCGACUACAACUUCUCCCACGACAACAU